AAACAAAACUCGCACAAAGUCGAAGUGGUAACGAUGAGUAAGAAUACGGGAACAAACACGCGAUCGCGGCCAGCUUUUAUCGAUGAGGAUCAAGUAAAGCAGCUACUCCGUUGGAAUGAGGCUCGCUACGCCAUCGAACAGGCGUUCAUGUCCGUUUCGAACCAAGCCCGUGUUCCGUCGGGACGGUCCAGCGAGCAACCGAUCAGCUCCCAGCCGGCUCGCACCUUCGUCCAGGCCGAAGGAGGAGUUCUUCUCUGCAUGCCCGGAUUUGUUGGCCAGCAUCGUCUUACGGCUGAUACUGGUGAUCGUACCUCGACGCUGGCAUGCAAAUUGAUCACUAGCUUCCGUCGGAAUGCUUCGAUCGGAUUACCCUCGAUCAAUGGGGAGGUGUUCGUGUUUAACAGCACCACCGGCAAGCUGGAAGCGAUCGUUGAGGCGAAUUAUCUGACCGGAGUACGAACGGCCACGGCAUCACUGGUGGCGACUGAUCACCUCUUCUUGCGUCCUAAUCGCGAUCGCGCAUCCAACAUCCAUCUUGGUAUCGUAGGGUGCGGCUUUCAGGGCACGAUGCACGCUCUCGGAUUCGUCCACACGCAACCGAUGGUCGUAAUCCGUUCGAUUCGAUUGUGGAAUCGGACACCGGCCAAGGCUAACCAGCUGCAGACGAUCCUGGUUGAGGAAGCAAAGAAGACGGGCAGUACGUACUCGGUGUUCGUUUGCGACACCGUCGAGGAUUGCUGUCGGGAUUGCGAUGUGAUCGUGACGGCGACCGGUUCCAGCGAACCGCUUGUUUAUCGUAGCUUCCUGAAACAAAACGUGCACAUAAAUGCCGUUGGAGCCGGAGAGUACCACCAUUCGGAGCUUGCGCAGGACAUCUACGACGAUUGUCAGGUUUACAUCGAUCACUGGGAGGGUGCACGGAAGGAACUGGCCACGCUUCGGUCGAAUAUCGUCGGGGAGGUAGGAGAGGUCAUUUUACGCGAGAACCCUACGGAAAAAGCUGCUCUGCUACCGAAGCCGAACGGUAUCAGCGUGUUCCAGUCCCUCGGUAUGGCCACAGAGGACGUUACCACCGGCAGGCUGGUUUACGAGAAGUAUCUUCAAGGGAUGAAGGCAUCAGAAACAACGAUGGAGGAGCAUGUUACAUUCGUUCCGGUUUCUACUGGUUGAUUUUUGGCACGAUUAAGUUUAUGAAUGGGUCUUUUUGUGGAAUUAUCCUGAAUUAUGGAAGCGUGAAUAAAAU